AUGUCCUGUAAUAACCAAAAUCAAACAAAAAACAAAAUACGAUUUUAUUGCCCAAAAUUUCUUUUUGUUUUGAUUCAGGGAAAAUACAAGUGCUUAGUCGUUUCUCAAAGUAUUCUAUCAUUUUCUGAUAACAGCAUUAUUAUUAGAAUAUUUGCUAGUCAGAUAUUAAAAAUGGUAUCUAUAUACUGUUACUGCUACUGCUGCCAAUGCCUGGUUGCUGCUCCUGCUCCUGCUUCUGCUCCUGCUCCUGCUUCUGCUUCUGCUUCUGCUUUUGAUAUUACCAUUGUUAUUGCUAUUGUUCAGCUGUUCAAUGCGUAA